AUGAGACCUAAUAGCCUCGAAAAGACAGACGAGCAAUACCACGACGAGGAUGAAGCCCAAUCUUUUCUUUCCAAUGGCAAAGAAGAUGGUAAAGCCAAGUUGAUCUCUUGGCGAUUUAUGGAAGAUGGAUCAUUGCCUUGGAAAGUUGCAACGGUUGUACUUGCAGUCUCCCUCGGCGCCUCUUUAUUCUUCGGUCAACGAGUCCAACACAGCCCUAGUUAUGAAACAGGGUUUAUAACUGAACUUCAACCCGCUAUCUCUGCUAUCAAGUUGAAUAGACGACAGUUUUACGGAAAUAUCGUCGUCAACGCAUCCAAUCAAUUUGAGUUGAUGCUUAACCCGAGCGAAGAGCGUUAUGUCGGCCACCCGACUGCCGAACUAGAUGCAGCAUGGGACAGAAUCGUAGGCUCCUACGUUGCCUUGACGGCAGAUGAAGCCAGCAAAGUUCAAGGCCAAGUCUCAAUAGACAAUGGAAAAUACUUUGUUGUUCCACACGUUCGACAUAGUCUUCACUGCGUCAAUUAUCUUCGGAAGGUCGCGUAUGACAAGUAUUAUCCGACUGUUCGCACCGAGAACAAGCCAACAGUUCCCACAUUCCACAUGCACGUUGAUCACUGCGUCGAAAUACUACGUGAGACUAUUCAGUGCCAAGGUGACCUGACUCCUGUACCGCACGUAUGGUCCGAAGGAAAGCAGAUGUAUUUGGCAGACACUUCAUUAGUACACACUUGCAGGGAUUACCCUGCCCUAAUGGAUUGGCAAGAUGAGAGAGAUGAGGCAUGGAAGACGGGAAAGAUUCACAAUUGA